GCGGGACGCGGCCAUGGGGGCUCCCGGCACGGCCGUGCGGCGUUUCCUCGGCCCGCUGCUGUGCCUCCUGGCGCUGCGGCUCCCGGCGAGCAGCGGCGCGGCCGCCCGCGGGCUGGACGUGGCUUCCUACCGGGAGCGGGUGCGGGCCAUGUUCUACCACGCCUACGAGCACUACCUGGAGAGCGCCUUCCCUUACGACGAGCUGCGGCCGCUGACCUGCGACGGCCAGGACACCUGGGGCAGCUUCUCCCUGACUCUGAUCGAUGCUCUGGACACGCUGCUGAUCUUGGGAAAUGUUUCAGAGUUCCAGCGAGUUGUCAACGUGCUGCAGGAGGGGGUGGACUUUGAUAUCGAUGUCAAUGCAUCUGUCUUUGAAACAAACAUUCGAGUGGUGGGAGGGCUCCUCUCUGCUCACCUGCUCUCCAGGAAGGCUGGAGUUGAAGUGGAAGCAGGCUGGCCGUGCUCAGGACCCCUCCUGAGGAUGGCUGAGGAAGCAGCUCGCAAACUGCUGCCAGCUUUCCAGACCCCAACUGGGAUGCCCUAUGGCACAGUGAACCUGCUGCAUGGAGUAAACCCUGGGGAGACCCCAGUCACCUGUACUGCUGGAAUUGGCACCUUUAUAGUGGAGUUUGCCACCUUGAGCCACCUCACUGGUGACCCCGUGUUCGAGGACGUUGCCAGGAAGGCUUUGAAGGCACUGUGGAAAAAUCGCUCGGAUAUUGGGCUGGUGGGGAACCACAUUGAUGUGAUCACUGCCAAGUGGGUGGCCCAGGAUGCUGGCAUUGGGGCAGGGGUGGACUCCUACUUUGAGUACCUGGUUAAAGGAGCCAUCCUCCUGCAGGACAAGGAGCUGAUGUCCAUGUUUUUAGAAUAUAACAAAGCUAUCAAGAAUUACACCAAGUUUGAUGACUGGUACCUGUGGGUUCAGAUGUACAAAGGAACAGUGUCCAUGCCUGUGUUCCAGUCUCUGGAAGCCUAUUGGCCAGGCCUGCAGAGCCUGAUUGGGGAUGUGGACAAUGCCAUGCGCACCUUCCUCAACUAUUACACGGUCUGGAAGCAGUUUGGGGGCCUGCCUGAGUUCUACAACAUUCCCCAGGGAUACACAGUGGACAAGAGGGAAGGAUAUCCACUCAGGCCUGAGCUGAUUGAGAGUGCGAUGUAUCUGUACCGUGCCACGAGAGACCCCACACUGCUGGAGCUGGGGAGAGAUGCUGUGGAGUCCAUAGAGAAGAUCAGCAAGGUGGACUGUGGCUUUGCAACUAUCAAAGACUUGAGGGACCACAGGCUGGAUAACCGCAUGGAAUCCUUCUUCUUGGCUGAAACAAUCAAAUACCUGUACCUGCUCUUUGACCCUGACAACUUCAUCCACAAUGAUGGCUCAGACUUUGAUGUGGUGGUCACACCCUAUGGGGAGUGUGUCCUGAAUGCUGGAGGGUACAUCUUCAACACUGAGGCUCAUCCCAUCGACCCUGCUGCGCUGCACUGCUGCAGGAAGCGCAGAGAGGAGCAGUGGGAGGUGGAGGACUUGAUGAGGGAAUUCUACUCACGGAAGAAAACCAAGAAAUUCACUUUAAAAAGAGCUCCCGACCAUGGUGAAGGGGAAAAUGCUAAAGACUCCCAAGAUGCCUCUUCAGAGAAAGCUGGAGAGAAGAGAAACUCUAAGAAAAGCUCAUACUCCCUCCUGAGCUGCCCCAGUCAAUCCUUUAACUCCAAGCUUGCAGUACUGGGACAGGUCUUCCUAGAUAACACCUGAUCCUCUUUGCAUCACCAGUUUAAAUUAUUGAACUCGUUUCAGAUUCUGGGAAUAUAUUUUUAUAGUUUCAUAAUGGAAAGUGUGGUACCUCACAAUGUGAAUUCUAUUAUGAAGUGAAACAACUUCCCUUUAAAUUCUGCUACUGCUCCUUUCUAAGCCAUGACUCAGAUACCAGCUGUUAAUGCUGUUGAGCUGCUGAUCUCAAAGCAGUUGGUUGCCUGAAUAUCAAACAGGUGUCCAGGAAAAGAAAGGUCUCCAUGUUAAAUGUACCUGUUUUCUUGCAUUUUGUGAGUUUUAGAGGCUUACAGAAAGAUAGUAGCUUAUUUUGUUCUAUAAAAAUGAGCCUGAGUUUCUUGUCAUAAGGGGAAGAGGAAGAAUUGCUGUAGCUUCACCACAAUUCUCUGUGUGCUCCAUCUUUUAUUUCUGGCCACUUUAUAAACACGUAGUUCAUGUUGAAAAAUUGCUGCCCAGUGGAGAAAAACUAUUUAUUUAGAGUUGAAGGCUCAGUUUUGUUGGGCAUUAAGGAUGGUGUGGGGGGAGAGGAGCACUUGGAACAUGGGAAAGUGCUCAGUCCCUCUGUUUCAGAUCAGUGUGGGUCAGCACCUCCUGCCUGAAAACCACUUUAGUGAAUGUCCAGGUAAUGUCUGGACAAAAAACUGAGCUGGAGGGUGGACUAGGAAAUGUUUGGUUGGUUCCACAGUGUAGCUAGCUUAUCUCUUAUUUCCCCAUUUCCUUCCUCUUUCUAACUUCCCUUUGGUCCCCCCCCUUUGGUAUUUCACUGUACCUCAGUGCAGCCACCCAGGGUUGCCCCAGCUGAGCUGAACACGAGCCAUGCACAAGGCUUGGGUGCAAGGGAGCUGAGCCCAGGCUGAAAUUGCAGCUGUGCUUUGGUGCUGCAGGCAGCUGAGCAGAUGUUCAUGAACCUCUCAGGGUUCAGCUGAUUCACACAUCCAAACCUUUAAAUACAUUAUUGGUGUCUUUGCAACAGCUGUGUGCAGUGACCAGGAAAGGAGGAAUUAGUGUGGCCAAGGAACAACCAAAAGCAGGGCAAAAAAGCGUUGGAGUUUCUUCAACCCUGCUGCAAAGUGAGGAGGCUGGAGCAAGCUACAAUUAUUUGAGUGGGCUAGAGGUACAGGAGAAGUAAAUCCCUGUGAGCAGGAAAAUACUUAAAUACAGCUGGACCAGUGCCCACUCUGUGCUGCUGUGUGGUUGCCUUGAGAAAGUAAUUUUUUUGUUGUUGUUUUGACCCAUACUAAUGCUGUAAAGUUAAAUAAAAUUUGCAUUUUACCCUUUGGGGUAGAAA